UCGUCUUCUUCCUCUUUCUCUCUCCACUGAUCUCAGGUUCAGCUCGGUCGGGUCCCUUAUAAGAGCGGCCAGUGACACCCCCUUUCUCUCUCUCUCUCUCUCUGAACUGUAGGCCAAAGUAUCUGUCGCUCCGUUGAGAUAGUGAUAGUCUUUGGUAGUGAUAUGCCACCAAAGUGAAAAAAGCCUCUUCCCAUUUCUAUCCUUUCUGGCUCCUUUCAUGGCGAUCUCGAAGAACGUGCCGUCUCUCUUGAGUAAUUGCCCUUUUGAGUAUUGAAUUGGAGGAAGUUGCGGAAGAAACGCCUUCUCUAUUCUCAUUGUGGAUCUUCGUCAGCUCUUCUAGUCUGAUGAAAGCUAAAGAUCUCUCGAGGUUUCUGCUCUCGUUUUCGUAUAUCGGAGUUUCGCGAUCUACUCAGUGCGAGGAUGGUGUGAAAUUGGGAGUUUAGAGAUGAGCCAGAAGAAGAAUAAGAGCAAGAAUAGAGUGGUUUUGAGGAUAAUCGUUAGGAUAGCUAGGAGUUUGGGUCGUGUGAGUUAGGGUUUCUGGUUUCUGCUUAGUUGAUAGACGCUAAAAAUUCACAAAAGCUUGCUAUGAAGCUUUCCACAUCGGGGCUGGGUCAACAGGGUCAUGAAGGGGAAAAGAAGUGCUUGAAUUCCGAGCUAUGGCACGCGUGCGCCGGCCCGCUUGUGUCUCUGCCAACGGUGGGAAGCCGUGUGGUCUACUUUCCGCAGGGUCACAGCGAGCAGGUAGCUGCCACGACGAACAAAGAAGUUGAUGGGCAAAUACCCAAUUACCCAAGUCUGCCGCCUCAGUUGAUAUGCCAGCUCCACAAUGUGACUAUGCAUGCAGAUGUUGAAACAGAUGAAGUUUAUGCCCAGAUGACAUUACAGCCUCUGACUCCAGAGGAGCAAAAGGAGGCUUUUAUUCCAAUGGAGUUGGGAAUUCCGAGCAAGCAACCCACAAAUUAUUUUUGCAAGACAUUGACAGCAAGUGAUACAAGUACUCAUGGAGGAUUCUCUGUUCCUCGCAGAGCUGCUGAGAAAGUCUUUCCUCCGCUGGACUUCUCACAGCAGCCACCAGCUCAAGAACUUAUUGCUAGGGACCUUCAUGAUGUUGAAUGGAAGUUUCGGCAUAUCUUUAGAGGUAGAAUUGAAUAUUUUCUUUCACCAAGCACUUUGAUGAGUACAUCAGUUUAAAAAUCAGUGGCCAGAAGCUGUUGGCAUUUGUUUCUUUCUUUUUCCCCUGUUACUUAUGCUUUUCUCAUCUCUUAUUUUCAUGGAUUCUUGAGUUACUAA